UCUAUUGUUUGUCAUGAUUUUUAUUAUAAGAAAAUAAACCUCACAUCCCACUGCUUCCCUUCUUGUUAUUCAAAUAGUCAUAUCAUUCAUCAGUCGCUUUCUCUUUUUCAACCACAUACACUUUAUAUAUCAUGCCAAUACCCUCUCUUACUCGACAAAAUGCUUUUAUACUAGAAGAAAAUCAAACCAAAUCACCGUUAGAUAUGCACUGUAGCAUUUGUCAUAAUGAGUCUCUUGUCAAUGGCAAAUACAUACAACCUUGUCGUUGCGAAUUGGGAGAUAUUAUACCAUUGUAAAUACAACAUACACUUAUCGAGUUUUGUAUUUCAUAAUUUGUUUCUAAUCAACUUUCUAUCUAAAAAAAGAUACGCUCACCGAAUGUGCUUUAUGAAUUGGUUUAUGGACAAUGGUUACCCAAAACAAUGUCCAAACUGUAAAUCCAAUUAUAAUGUUACUUUCUUCUCCUUUUUUCUCUUUACUGGUAAAUUACUUGGGAGAAAAAUAUUGUUAUUUACUCGCCUUUUUUUUUAAAUAGUAAAACGAAAAAGAUAUCAGUUGUUUCUAUCGUCUAUUCUCUUGUUUAUAUCCUUGUAUUUUCUUGUUCAUGUCACACGCUGUACAGUACUUCAAACCCUCACUAGAAAUCAAUUUAUCGCUCGAUUCGGUGAGCAAUAUCGAAAUGUGCCAGAAAGGCUGAUUCUUCCUGUAAAGUAUCACACUACAUACAUGUAGUAGUAACUCACGUCUUGUAGAGAAUUAGUGUCUCCUGCUUACAAUCUUCUUUUCAUAACUCUUUACAUAGUUUGUUCAUAUCAUCGCUUCAUUGUAUUUGUAUCAUUGCUUUGUCUAUUACUUUUCCUCUGAUCUUUGUCUUUUGGUCAUUUUGCAUAAAAUAAAUUAUCUGACAUUGAAACCUUAA